AUGAAAUCGUUUCAUCAUUUCAUUCCAUUCUUCACAGUUUUUCCCUUCUUUCACCGUUUAAGUCUCGCUCGAAGCAAUUUCUUUGGGCCAAAUUCUUUUCAUAACUAUCUAUCUAUUUCCCAGUCUGUUCAUAUCUAUCUGUUCAUAUCAAUCUAUCUAUAUCUAUCUAUCUAUCUAUUCAUAUCUGGGGCACCUCGGCGUGGUCGCUUAGAAACUCACUAUCUAUUCAUAUCUGUCUAUCGAUCUAUCUAUCCAUAUCUAUCUGUUCAUAUCUAUCUAUUUAUUCAUAUCUAUCUUUCUAUCUAUCUAUCAACUCGUCUGUCCAUAUCUAUCUAUCUAUCUAUCUAUCUAUCUAUCUAUUUCAGUCUGUUCAUUAUCUAUCUAUCUAUCCAUCCAUCUGUCAUCCCUCGCAUGGAUGUAUCAAACCCCUCUCUAUCUCUGUUUCUCUCUCUCUAUCUCGCUAUCUCUAUCGCUCUAUAUCUUUCCAUCUCGCUUUAUAUCUCCACAUUUCUCUAUCUAUCUAUAUCUCUUCCCCCCUCUCUCUCUCUCUAUAUAUAUAUAUAUGUCUGUCUCUCCAUCUGUCUCUCCAUCUCUUUUCCCACUAUAUUUACACCCUCUGUCCAUAUUUCUCCAUGA